AUGAAAAUCGAAGAGCUGCCAGACAAUUUUCAAGAGUCCGUUCAGGUCUCCGAAAGCGUUCAAGAUGGUCCCGCAAUCUCGGGACCAGAUCUCCUCGAACAAGCCAUGAACGCCUUUACUGCACCACCAAAUCCAGAUGGCAGCCCUGGUCCUCAAGUUCCCCCAGGAAUGGCUUCAAUGCAUGGGAAAUCCUCAGAAGAAAUCCUUGCCGAGCUGAAUAAGAGUCCGUUGUUCAUGACAGAUUUGGAAGAAAACGACGAUUUGGAAGCUUUGAAAGCAUUGGCAUAUGAAGGAACCCCCGCAGAAGUUUCGCAGAGCUUCAAGGAACAUGGAAAUGACUGUUUUAAGGUCAAGCAGUGGGUGGAUGCCAAGGAGUUUUAUACAAAAGCGAUCAACGUUCUGCUCAUUGAAGUGAGGAAACGACAGAAGGCCUCGAAGGCUGGGAGGGCUAAAGAAGAUACCGUGGAAGUUAAGAAAGAGGUGGGCAUAUUGGAGGCAUGCUUGGUAAAUCGAGCGGCGUGUCAUCUGGAGCUUAAGAACUAUAGAAGUUGUACCAUGGAUUGUGGGAGUGCGUUGAGGAUUAACAACAAAAACGUCAAGGCUUAUUAUCGGUCUUCGAAGGCACUGCUGAGUCUAGGAAAAGUCACUGAGGCAGAUGACUCUUGUGCGAGAGGGCUGGCAAUUGAUCCCGAAAAUGUUUCUCUCAAGUCUGUCGCUAGAGACAUCAUCAAGAAACAUGAAAUUCUCUCUGCGAGGAGAAAAUUUGAAAUGGAACGAGAGCAGAAGAAUAGGCAAGAGCAGAUUGUCCUAAGAACGGCACUGAAAGCGAGGGGGAUCAGAACCAGAAAAACUGCGCAACCGCCCGAGAUGGAAGAUGCAAAGAUUCAGUUGGUCCCAGAUCCAUCCGAUCCAACUUCAACAAUAAGUUUUCCGGCUGUUCUACUCUACCCGUUGCAUUUGGAGUCAGACUUUAUCAAGGCCUUCAAUGAGACCGAGCCGGUUGGCCAUCACUUAAGUUACAUUCUCCCGCUCCCAUGGGAUCUCAAGGGUGAGUACACACCUAAUACCGUUGAAUGCUACAUUGAAACUACCAAAGGUGGAUUGUUGAAAGUGGGGAAGAAAGCUGCGCUAUUAAAAGUUUUGAUCUCGGAGAAUGUUGAAGUUGUAGAUGAGGUUGUGAAGAUAUUUGUGGUGCCGAAAGCAAAAGCUGCUGCAUGGAUACAGGAGUUUAAAGCAAAGAAGGCUGCAGAGAAGUCUGGCCCUUGA